GCAACUGUUCGUCACAUCAAACCUCUGCGUGUCAUCAAUGCGCAAUACUGACCUGGUUAUAGGUGCCUCGAGGCACGGAUGGACGGAAAGCCAUUGACGGCGAUGCAGAAGCGCGCGCACGUAACGCUGCUCAUUCAAGCCGGCGCAGACACAACCGGAACGGCGCUCGGCAGUACCAUCCGAUUCCUUCUGACCCAUCCGUCCGUGUUCGCACGUGUGCGAGCCGAACUAGCAGCUGCCUCGGACGCCAAACUUCUCAGCACGCCCAUCCAAUUCGAAGAGACGAGGGCACACUUGCCCUACUUUGUGGCUUGUAUCAAGGAAUCUCUGAGACUUCACCCGCCCGCGACGAACUUAUUCGGCAGAGUGGCGCCGUCCCCGGAUGGUAAAGUCGUGGACGGUACCUGGGUACCCGCUGGCACAGAAAUCACGAGCAAUUCGUACGUCGUUCAACGAGACCCUCAUCUGUAUGCCCCGGACCCAGAGGCAUAUCGACCAGAGCGGUGGCUUGAGGACGAGGGGAAUUCCAAGGAGCAUAUUAGCGAGAUGGAUGCUUCUGCUUUGUGUUUGGCGUUGGGCCUAGAGUCUGUCUAGGCAAAGACCUUGCCAUCAUGGAGUUGUACAAGUUGCUCCCGGAGGUUUUUCGGCAGUUUGACUUUGAUGUGAAGGAGGAGGGCGAGUUUGUGGUUGUCGGGGGUAUUGCCUACAACGAACGGUUUGUUGUUCAGCUGAAGCCGCGAAAGGAAUAGACUUCGUUGAAAGUUGUCGUUUCUUCGGAUUAUUCCCUUUUUUCUUCUGAGGCAGCUGGUUGCCACGGCCAAGUUAGUAGACUGAAGGGAUCUCAGUAGUAUGGUAGCCUUGCCUGACGACAACGGUGCGCCACAUCUCUGAGACGACGAUAAUCGGUGUCUACAAUACCGUAUUAUAACUUGUGACUUGAGGAACUUAUCAACUAAUUGGUUCAUGUGUUGAUGCAACGCCGGUCAAUUUCUCCGGCAUCGA